AGCUUUGCUGGCGCAGCGCUUUAGUUUGCUUCGUGACUUUCAACGUUAUAAACGUAUUUUUCAAGCAAUUUCUGGCAAUAUAUAAGCUACACACAUACACACGUUAACUUAAUUUGCUCAUAUUCAUAAAAUAUUUUUUAAGUAUUCUAAAAAACGCAUUUAAAGAACAAUAUACAAAUUAAUAUUAGCCUUUGCGUGUAACAUUAUACAUAUAUACAUAUGUGUGUAUUUGUGUAAAAACAAUAUAUUAGAAGGCAAUAGCUGUGAAAGAACAUAGAAAUUAUUAGAGUUAUUCAAAAUAUUAUUGAAAAUGUCAGAAUCAAUUUGUUAUAAAUGUAAGGAGGUAAUUACACAUCGCAUUAUUACUGCAUUGGGAAAGACAUGGCAUCCAGAACAUUUUUCCUGUAAAGAUUGUCAAUUACCUAUUGAGGAGGCUACAUUUAACAUUCAAGAUGGAGAACCGGUAUGUUCAAAGUGUUUUAUGAAUAAUUAUUCCGGAACGUGCCAUGGCUGUAAAAACCCUAUAUUAGAGCGUACAAUUAAGGCUCUGGGCCUUACGUGGCAUGAAGACUGCUUCUGUUGUGGGGGACCAUGUAAUAAGCCUUUGGUUGGUACCUCUUUUUACGAACGAGAUGGAAAGGCGUACUGUAAACAUGACUUUGAAGCAUUGUUCGCCGCCAGAUGUGCCGGAUGUUUUAAGCCCAUUACAGAAAAUGCGAUCGUUGCUUUAGAUGCCAAAUGGCACAGAGAUUGUUUUAAGUGUAAGAAAUGUGGAAAUCCGAUAACUGCCUCUACAUUUGCUGUUGAAGGAAAUAAGCCGAUGUGUACAGAAUGUUCUUCAUAAAUGCACAUAAUAGCACUACUUUUUUUUUUAAUAUAGGAAAAAAUAAUUUAUAUAUAGUAAAAAAUAUGUUAAAUAGGCUUAACACGACAUUUUUGAAAUUGUACCAUUUAUGAACGUUUUUGGAUCAGUAAUAAUAGUGAAAUCAAAAAUAUGCUUUUAAAAAGUGUUUUAUACGUAUUAAAUAUGUAUAAGAAGUCAAAAAAUAUGCUUUUAAAAUUAGUUAAAUAUGUUUUAAAAAAAAUAAUGAUUUUUUUAACAGUGAAAGCUCAAAAUUAUGUUCAGAAAUACACAAUAUUUCCUGUCACAUUGUUCGAAGAACUAAAUUUUUACACAACAAUGUUUUUUUAGAAAUAAAGCAAUCUUUUAAGAUAAAUUAGAUUCCAUUUUAAGCUUAAAUCAUUUUGUUAAAAUUGCAACUCCUUCAUCUUCCGUUUCACUCAAAAUUGUUGGAUUUAGCCACAGAUAUGCAGAUAAAAGAGAUGGAAUUUUUUUAAAAAAUAGCAUUGUGAUACUGAUACAAAAACCUUCUAUAAAGGUAUGAUAUCUUCAAAUAGGGAAACAUUUUUUUAAAUGAAGCUUAAUUAUUAUACACUAUUCUAAAUACAUAUGUUAAUGAACUUAUACUACCUCCAAAUUAUUCGAACAAAUUAGUUUUCCUUAACUCGUUUCAAAUUAUUAAAUGCUCAUUUGCUUUAUAUUUAUUCUGUAUUUUAUUAAAAAUUAUAAAAAUAUACGUAGUUGAGACAAAAAAAACUAAA